AAGGAAACAGAUUGCCCCAAGGCGCUAUUUUCAUUUCCUCAUGGGAGGAAGAAGCAUAGCAGAGAAGAAAGGCAGACACAAGACACUGUACCUCUGCCACCAUGGGGAACUGGGCUGUGAAUGAGGGACUCUCCAUCUUUGUCAUUCUGGUAUGGCUGGGGUUGAACGUCUUCCUCUUUGUCUGGUACUACAAGGUUUAUGAUGAUCCACCGAAAUUCUUUUACACUCGAAAACUUCUUGGGUCAGCACUGGCGUUGGCCAGGGCCCCUGCAGCCUGCCUGAAUUUCAACUGCAUGCUGAUCCUGCUGCCCGUCUGUCGAAAUCUGCUCUCCUUCCUCAGGGGUUCCAGUGCGUGCUGCUCAACAAGAAUUCGAAGACAACUGGACAGGAACCUCACCUUUCAUAAAAUGGUGGCAUGGAUGAUUGCACUUCACACUGCGAUUCACACCAUUGCACAUCUAUUUAACGUGGAGUGGUGUGUGAAUGCCCGAGUCAACAAUUCUGAUCCUUAUUCAAUAGCACUCUCUGACAUUGGAGAUAAGCCUGGUGAAACUUACCUCAAUUUUGCUCGAGAUAGAAUCAAGAAUCCUGCAGGAGGCCUGUACGUGGCUGUGACUCGGUUGGCAGGCAUCACUGGAAUUGUCAUCACAUUGUGCCUCAUAUUAAUUAUCACCUCCUCCACCAAAACCAUCCGGAGGUCUUAUUUUGAAGUGUUUUGGUACACACAUCAUCUUUUUGUGAUCUUCUUCAUUGGUCUCGCCAUUCAUGGAGCUGAGCGAAUUGUACGUGGGCAGACUCCAAAGAGUUUGGAUGAGCACAAUCCAAAAUUAUGUUAUCAAAACAUCUCAGAUUGGGGAAAAAUAAAGGGAUGCCCAGUCCCGCAGUUCUAUGGGAAUCCUCCUAUGACUUGGAAAUGGAUAGUGGGUCCCAUGUUCCUUUAUCUCUGUGAGAGGUUGGUACGGUUUUGGCGAUCUCAACAGAAAGUGGUCAUCACCAAGGUGGUCACUCACCCUUUCAAAACCAUCGAGUUACAGAUGAAGAAGAAGGGAUUCAAGAUGGAGGUGGGACAAUACAUUUUUGUCAAGUGCCCCAAGGUGUCCAAGCUGGAGUGGCACCCUUUCACAUUGACCUCCGCCCCUGAGGAAGACUUCUUUAGCAUCCAUAUCCGCAUCGUGGGGGACUGGACAGAGGGACUAUUCAAUGCCUGUGGCUGUGAUAAGCAAGAGUUUCAAGAUGCCUGGAAAUUACCUAAGAUAGCGGUUGAUGGGCCCUUUGGCACAGCCAGUGAAGAUGUGUUCAGCUAUGAGGUGGUGAUGUUAGUGGGAGCAGGGAUUGGGGUCACACCCUUCGCAUCCAUUCUCAAGUCAGUCUGGUACAAAUACUGCAAUAAUGCCACCAAUCUGAGGCUCAAAAAGAUCUACUUCUACUGGCUGUGCCGGGACACACAUGCCUUUGAGUGGUUUGCAGACUUGCUGCAGCUGCUGGAGACCCAGAUGCAGGAGAGGAACAAUGCCGGCUUCCUCAGCUAUAAUAUCUACCUCACCGGCUGGGACGAGUCUCAGGCUAAUCACUUUGCUGUGCACCAUGAUGAGGAGAAAGACGUGAUCACAGGCCUGAAACAAAAGACUUUGUAUGGACGGCCCAACUGGGAUAAUGAGUUCAAGACAAUUGCGAGUCAACACCCAAAUACCAGAAUAGGAGUUUUCCUCUGCGGACCUGAAGCCUUGGCUGAAACCCUCAGUAAACAAAGCAUCUCCAACUCCGAGUCUGGUCCCCGGGGAGUGCAUUUCAUUUUCAAUAAGGAAAACUUCUAAUCAGUCUCUUCCAUGAGGAAAUCAAUGUGGGUUAUUCUGCCAGACGCCCAAAUAAUGCUAGUUGAUAAUGUAGGUCCCCACCCCCACGCCCGUCCUUUAAAACAAAAUGGAGGAAAAGAAACUAUACUAUGAAGAUUUUCCCUGAAAGGAAUGUCAAAGAUUGUUCGAUAGUGAUAAUUUGCAUUUGUAUGGGACUUUAUGGUUUUCAGAGCACUUUUACAAACAUUCCUCAUAGUCAUACUAGAGAAAGGUAGGGCAAGGAUUCCUGGGCUCAGUUUUUAGGGUAAGGCAAAAAUGGAGACUCCAAAUGGUGAAGUAACUUCCCAAAGGUUAUGAAGCUGAGAGGCACCUAGGCCGUCUGACUACAGGUUUGGUAGUCCUUCCACAAUACCAGGCUGCCUGGAAUAUAGGUUUGUAUAGUCCCCAAAAGAAGAAGCAAACCGAGGAGUAACUACUCAUUUUCCAUUUUGUGUCAUCUUUGUUCUCAUUAUUGUCAUAUUGAAGGACAUUUUCCAGAUAGAUAAGAGGUAACAUAUGGGAAGAGUGAUUUGACACAAUAGUGACAGGAUUGACAUUUGAGCAUACUCCAGUUUCCCAAUACAGCCAACUAACUGUGUCAGAGAUUCUUCUAACAAAAGAAUAUUAAAGUGGGAUUAAUGUAUUACCCAGCAAUUAUAAUCAUGCUUGGCAAAGAGUGGAUACUCAAUGAACAUUUGUUGAAUGAAUAAGUGAAAAGACAUUUAGAACAUACAAUGCCAGGGUAGAACUAAUUUAAAGCCUGAAACAGAAUUAUCUAAGGAAGUAACCUCUGUUAUUCUUAUAGGCCAAAGGAACCCGAUUCUGCUAAGGGUAGAAAACAAGCUAAUGAGAGUAACCAAUAAGAUGUCCUGGAGUCCCUCCCAUUAUGUGAAGCAUGGAGGAAAGGGAGAUGGAGGCAGAGAACUGACCUCCUACCAUAACUGGCUGGCACCUCUAGUCCUGCAGUUUGAAGGAAAUGCAAACUGAUUUACAGCCUGAAAGGGUCUCCUCCAGCCAGCACUUGUGAAUUUGAAAUUAAGAAUUGUGAUAAAUAGGUAUCUGAUAUGCCCAUUUACUUUAAAUAGCAUCCACCCCUUAUUUUACUUAAACACACACACACACACACACACACACACACACACACACACACACACACACACACUGGAUCUUAUUUGCGUCACUAAUGGUUUAUUGCUUUAUAACCAUCAGCAGCAGCAGCAGCAGCAGUAUCAUCAUGAAAUUUAUAUUUCUGGAAACUAAAAUCCUCAGCCUACUGUGUAGGUAUUGAAUUCACACCCAAUAGAACGUUCUGGAUAUCUAUGAGUUCAAAAGAGAGUCUCUACAUCACUGUUAGUAUGACUAGAAACAGUUUUUUUUUUUCUUAUAACAGCUCUUAUUUCUGGAAACUAAAAACAGUUUUAUUGGCCUCACUCUCUGGAGCCAAUAGAUAUUUAGAAUUAUUCAACUUCAGUAAUGAGGAAAAAAGAGAAGAAAGCAGGGGGAAGGGCAGAAGAUUGGGUUAGGAAAGGGGCAAGAAGGGGGGAAAGAAUAGAAGGAGAGUGAGAGAAAGCAAAAAAGGCAAAAGAGAAGGGUAGGGAAAGGGGGUCUCAUAUUGGUCAGUUUCUACCCCAGACUUCUUACAGUCUUGUAUGUAUCGAAUGUAGUUGGAGGAGGCAUACAUAUAUUCUUUUUAUUUUGAUUAUACAUGGUAUUGAAUCUGAAAUUCUGGUCACAAAUUUUUCUGCUGAGUGGUCAUAUUCAGGGGACCGAGAUAAACUAGUAAACUCGGUUAUUCCUUUGGGCUCUCAGGAUGGCCAGGGCACUGACAAGUCAAGCUUGCUGCUGGAAUCUCACCUCUCAAACCAUCCCAGGAAGGUUUCCACUUAGAAACACUUAAGUCCAGCCUGUUCACACUGCGCCCCAAGUAUCAGUUCAUUCAUUCAACAAAUUUUUAUUGAGCUAUUUCUUUGACUCUGGUUCUGUGUUCAUAGUUUCAAUUCUCGACACCAAAGUGUGAGCAAGAUGGGGAAUCACAGUUAUAAAAAGUCGGGGAAUCUUGGCCCUCACUAACCUCUGUGGCAUAAAUAAAACCAACUCAGUUUGUUGCUCUGAAAAUGUUUUUGCAGGGUUUGUCCCUUUGACACCAACAUGGUUACCAAAAUAGAGAUAUAUGCCCCGUGUUAUCUUGGUUCUGAGAUGAAAAAUAAGUGUAAAAGUGCUUGUCAUUAUGAGAGUGCCUUCUUCAUGCUUCUCCCAAGCCGCUGCGUAGCUUUGCUAGCAUUUAGUAUUUAGCAUUUACUAACAGAUACUGAGAGGAUGACUAAACAUUGUUUUAAUCUCAAGGCUAUGAAGGUUUUCCUUAGUCCUCCUGCCUUUGCAAUAUUGCAUUUAUAAAAUUUGUAUACUUGUAGGUGUGGUAUGUGAAUAGUCCUAAGGGUCCCUAGGAGACCGUUCUUAGGAAGAACUAUUAAAACUGUACUCAACUAUUAAAAUUAAUGAGCUCUG